UGACGUUUUACUUUUGUAUUGUUUUCUUAAUAAACAAAUUUCCUAUUUGUAUAAAAUCACCAACUGUAUAGAAUAAUAGGAAAAACAAAUUGUGGAUUAAGUUUAACAUGUCUUUUCUAUAUAUACUGAGUUGGGUAUCCACGGUGAUACAUAUUGUUUUCAUCACAAUAUCGAUUGCGGCGGGUCUGUACUAUGUCGCUGAAUUGGUGGAAGAGUACACGCAAACUGCUCGAAAGAUCAUUACAAUGAUGAUCGGUGCAACAGUAUUUGUGUAUAUAAUGUUUAUAUUCUUUGACAAUUUACCAUGGAAGAUGAUACUGUGUGGACUUGCAGCGCAAAUGUUUCACGCGAUAAUCAUGAGUAACUUCCCAUUCAUACGUUUCAUCUCAGUUCCUUUUAUUGGAGCAAUAGUAUUACUGAUUAUUAACCAUAUGUUGGCCUUCCAGUACUUCACCAGCUAUUAUUAUCCCUUCCUACAGAUUUUGGCAUAUUUUACAAUAUGUCUCUGGCUGGUGCCAUUUGCACUCUUCGUUUCCCUGAGUGCAAACGACAAUGUGCUGCCGACUACGGUUAAUGACAGUAUGGGAAGUCAAGAUGUGGUUACGAAUUAUUUCAGCCGUGGGAAAAAACAAGGACUGUUAUCGCUUUUUAACUAUGCUAAGGAUAGUUUAUUACCUACAAGAAACAAGAAAUCUUUCUGAGAAUUUCUGUCUGUAAAUUCUUGAAAAUGUGGACUGCUACCAAAACAUAUUUUGUUAAGUUGAAAAGGCUUGGUAAUUGCAUUAUUUAUUAAUUAAACAUAAAUUAUAGAAUUU